AUGGAGGGUUUGAUAGGUGGCCCCGAGUCUGACGCUCUGGGUGAGCAGCUGCUAACAAAAGCAGAAAAAAAAGCAAGAGCAACAAAAAGGCUGCUAGAAGCAGCAGAAACAAACCACACAGAAAAAGCUAUUUCUCUUCUAGCUGAUGGAGCCAAUCCAGCCGUCGAAGAUGCAGCGCAGUGGAGCGCUCUGCAGUGGGCGGUGGUUUACGGCAACGAGCAGCUGGUGCGUGAGCUGCUGCGGUAUGGUGCAGCAGCACCGCUAGUGCAGCAGCAGCAGCAGCAGCAGCAGCAGCAGCAGCAGCAGAAGCAGCAGAAGCUGCAGCAGGAACUCCUCCCCGUCGAAGCAGAACAGUGGCAGCUACACCCAGAGCUUGAGCUGCUGCUGCAGCAGGAGCAGCAACGGCAGCAGCAAGCCAGGGAGAAGCGCAUGCACCAUAAACCCAAACCCUCAGGAGAAACCUCUUCUGCUGCAGCUCGUGCUGCAGCAGCAGCAGCAGCAGCAGCUGCUGCUGCUGCUGCUGCUGCUGCGGAGAAACCCUCGCCAGCUGCUUCAGCUGCUGCGGCAAGUGCUGCAGCCCAGCAGCAGCAACAGGAGCAGCAGCAGCAGCAAGAGAGACAAGCAGGCGAUGCUGCGGCAGCAACAGCAACAGCAGCAGCAGCAGCACCAGCAGCAGCAACAGCAGCAGCAGACAACCAGGAACAAACGCAAACCCCUCCACCUGCCAGGCGAAAAUAUUCUCCCUUGUGGGCCCAGAUUCCCUAA